GUUCGGAACUUGGUCGAAUCGACUAAGCUUGAAAGAAUCACACUUGAUUCUAUAAACCCGCUCCACCGGAUUGAGAAGAAGGAAAAGAAGAGAACACAUAAGAAAGAAACAAAAGAGGAGAAGUCUCAUAAAGCUUCGUCGAGGGAAGCUCAUAAACUUCAGAUUCUUUCAUCCAAGAAAGUCUCAGAUGAGUCUGACCAACUUGAGAAGAGUGGUUUGACAGAAGAGCUUGAGGCAUCUCAAAACCACCACGGAUAUCUGUCUGAUGGAAGCCAGAAUAGUAAGAAGAGGAAUAGAGAAGACUCUCCUCCACCUGUUGAAAGUCUCAUCAAAGCUGCACCUGUAGCUGGUAAUCCUCUACGCAUUCGAUUGGUACUCAAAAAACCAAACGCGGACGUUCCUGUUCUGCCUCGAGAGGAUCUUGUUUCGGUUGCAAAGCCUCUCAGUCACCAAGAUGUCAUAGCAAGUUCUGUCUCGUGUCCAAAAAUAUCUGAGCCUGAACAGAAUCUGCCGUCAACAUCUGUGGUAGAUGAAACAAAGAAGAGAAAGAAACACAAACCAAGCAAAGAAGAUCGAUACAAUGCAUUAUUUGAUGAUUGGACUCCCUCUUCCAUUUCUUUAGCAGACAUCACUUGUUCGAAGAACGAUGACGAUGAUUGGCUAUUUGGGAAGAAGACGCAAAUGAUGCCUAAGCCCAAAGCAGCAGACAAGAUUGACGAGGAGAUGAUGAUGGGAACCGGUGAUUCAUCUUGGCCUAGAGCUCAGCUUCUCUCUGAAGUUGGGAUUUAUUCUUUACCGUACACAGUCCCAUUCUAAUUCUCCAAUUUUUUGCUCUAGAUUUUUUAGCCUUGUUUUGUACAGACUGUUUGUAACCACAAUUAUAAUCUAACCCAAUUUUGAUAUA